AUGCCGCAGGUGUUGAGGGGGUGUGGGGGACCGCCGCACCCAGCUUCUCUGGCUUUACCCAGUCCUUCAGGUCGCACACCUUGAGGAGGAUGGAGGUGACCGAGGGUGCCGGGGCUCCUAAACCCGGCGAGAUGCGGGCACUGAAGCCAUGUCUGCUGCGCCGCAACCACAGCCGUGAACUUCAUGGCGUGGCGGUCUCCUGCCUCGAGGAGCUGAGGAGCAAGGCUUAUGACACUCUGGCCAUUGAUAAGUCCCUGGCACCAGUCACCCUGGUCCUGGCAGAGGAUGGCACCAUAGUGGAUGAUGACGAUUACUUCUUGUGUCUGCCUUCCAACACUAAAUUCGUGGCAUUGGCCAGUAAUGAGAAGUGGACAUACAACAAUUCAGAUGGAGGUACAGCUUGGAUUUCCCAAGAGUCCUUUGAUGUAGAUGAAACAGACAGCGGGGCAGGACUGAAGUGGAAGAAUGUGGCCAGGCAGCUAAAAGAAGAUCUUUCCAGUAUCAUCCUCCUAUCAGAGAAGGACCUCCAGGUGCUCAUCGAUGUCCCAUGUUCAGACCUGGCUCAGGAACUCAGCCAAAGCUGUGCUGCAGUGCAGGGUCUCCAGAACACCCUCCAGCAGGUGCUUGACCAGAGAGAGGAAGCCCGCCAGUCCAGGCAACUCCUGGAGCUUUAUCUACGGGCUUUGGAGAAGGAGGGCAGCAUCUUGUCAAAGCAGGAAGAGUCCAAACCUGCGUUUGUUGAAGAGGUGGAUGCAGCUGACAUGGGUACUAGCAGAGAGACGUUCUCCAGAAUUGCACUCACAAGCCAGAUCCUUACUGCACUGAAGGAAAAGCCUGCUCCAGAACUGAGCUUAUCCAGUCAGGAUUUGGAGUUGGUUACGAAGGAAGACCCCAAAGUAUUGGCCGUUGCUUUGAACUGGGACAAAAGGAAAACUGAAACUGUUCAACAAGCCUGUGAGCAGGAGCUCAGCCUGCGUCUACAGCAGGUACAGAGCUUGCGCUCUCUCAGGAGUAUUUCAGCAAAGAAGACUUCACUGCCUGGAGAACUGCAGAAUCCUAAACGAGCCAAGCCAGACUCCACCUAGCUACAGCUACAAGGAAAACCCUGUGGCCUGUUUUUUUGUUAUCAGUAAAUACCUUCAGCCUGAUUCAUUGACACCUACGUACUACUCUAUACCCUGCCUCAGGCUGGAAGGCUGGCUUUUUGUCCCUCCAGAAAAGCCAUUACACAUCUCAACAUAUGCCCUUCCACCUAUUUUGAAUGAUAUACUGUAGCUGCACUAGCCAGAUCCCAUUUCCUUUGAUUACAUGUUUUUAUGCUGUCUGUUUAAAAGUCACUAAACGGCAGUAAAAAGGAAUUGUCAUAUUUCGGACACAUUGUCCUUGUUCUGGAGCCCUGGUAGUACAGUGGUUAAGAGUUCAGCUGCUAACCAAAAGGUCAGCAGUUCGAAUCCACCAGCCACUCCUUGGAGACCCUAUGGGGC